CCGGCCUUACGCUGAAAUACCGCGAAACCGGUUACUUUACGAUUUUACAUCCUGAAAGAGAAGCUCGUUUCAUAGUCGAGUAGCCGCUGGGACAUUCCAAAUCCUAAUCUUUCUCUGUUCUCCCGGAAACGUCUCGCACAAAUUUUGCUGAAGCUUCUCAGCUCUGAAGUAAAGAUGAGUGAGAAAAAUCCGUCUGCUGAUAAAACUGCCGCCUACAAAAACAUUUCAACAACGGCAAUGUUAACAUCUGAUGAAGACGAUCCCCAAACAAGAGUGGAAGUGAUCGAGACCGAGAAGAUACGACUUGGAUGGGACAAUAAAGUCCAAUUUCUUCUCUCUGCGAUCGGGUUUGCGGUUGGUUUGGGAAACGUUUGGAGGUUUCCAUGGCUUUGUCAGAAAAAUGGAGGAGGCGCUUUUUUGAUACCCUACUUUGUCAUGCUGAUAUUCGAGGGAAUACCGAUCUUCUACUUGGAACUCAGUAUCGGUCAACGCCUUCGUCAAGGAGCUAUCAACGUCUGGAGCACAGUUAGUCCCUACCUGGGAGGUGUAGGGAUUGCAACAACGGUGGUUAGCAUACUGGUUGGCAGCUAUUACAACGUGGUCAUCGGUUGGGUGUUGUUCUACUUCGUCCAGUCGUUCCAGUCCCCUCUACCGUGGGCAGAGUGUCCUCAAGUGGCAAGCCCUAACGGCACUGAGUUAACAAUACCAAGAGAAUGCUCCGAGAGCAGUCCAACUGCUUACUUCUACCACAGAGAGACUUUAAUGCACGCCAACAGAAUAGAGGAGAGCGCAGAAAUCAACUGGAAGUUAGCCGUGGCCCUUGUAGUUGCGUGGGUGUUGGCCUACCUUUGCAUCAUCAAAAGCAUCCAGUCAUCUGGCAAGGUCGUCUACUUCACAGCAACAUUUCCAUAUCUGGUCCUCUUUGCAUUCUUCAUUCGGGGUCUACUUUUGAAAGGCUUUGAAAAGGGAAUAAUACAUUUGUUUACUCCAAAGUGGGAUCGACUUCUGGACCCACUGGUCUGGCUGGACGCAGCUACACAAAUCUUCUUCUCUUUGGGCCUGGCAUUUGGCACAAUGAUUGCCUAUGCCAGUUACAAUCCUAUUCACGGAAACACACUACGUGAUACCAUUACAAUUUCCGUCGCUAAUUGUAUGACUUCCCUGUUCGCUGGGAUUGUUGUUUUCUCCAUUUUAGGAUUCAGAGCAACCUACAUGAUGGAAAACUGUGAAGCAAACAAUGCCAAACUCUUGGAGCGCCUCAACUCAACAGCUCACCAGCUGAACACAACUGGAUUGUCCGCUCAUCACGGCAAUGGUACAAGCAAUAUCACAAGUGGAUAUGUACUUCAAAAAUGCGAUCUGGAAACUUUCCUUUCCGAUGCAGCCAGUGGUCCAGGAUUGGUUUUUAUUGCUUUCACCGAUGCCAUCAACCAAAUGCCUGGGGCAACCUUCUGGUCUAUCUUGUUCUUCCUCAUGCUUCUAACCCUUGGGCUGGACAGCUUGUUUGGAGCGUUGGAAAGUGUAACGACAGCCUUGCAAGACGUCAAAGGAUUUGGAAAACUAAGACGCGAAAUUCUAUCUGGGCUUCUGUGCAUCACUGGCCUAUGUAUCGGUCUUCCCAUGGUCACAUAUUCUGGUGAAUAUAUUCUUCAGAUGUUUGACAGUUUCGCAGGCAACCUUCCCCUGUUACUCAUCGCAAUCUGCGAGUGUGUCGGUGUUUGCUAUUUCUAUGGCAUAACAAGAUUUUCUGAUGAUAUAGAGUACAUGACGGGUACUCGACCAAACAUCUUUUGGAAAAUCUGCUGGAUGCUCGUCACCCCAGUUGCCAUGUUGGUUAUCCUGAUCGCCAGCAUCGUUCUCAUGUCGCAAGGAAAGGCUUCUUACUAUGCCUGGAACAAGGAAAUGGUCACUUACGAGAAGGUCCCCUAUCCAGACUGGGCAGUCUUCAUCGUGGUUGUACUUGUCCUGAUGUCAGUUCUCUUCAUUCCUGGCGUGGCUAUUGCACGAUACUUUAACCUAGUCAAGUAUCAAAAGUUGGAGCCUGUUCCAUUAAAGGAAGCUGAGGCGAAAUCUCACGAUAACGACUUUAGCGACACAAACGUUUAACUUAAUUUUCAUCAAGCAGUGGAUCCUCAUCUUUAGGACAAUCUCUGGGGCAUAAUAAUAGCGUUGUAUUUACAGGAUGGUUGUUCGCUUAGGUUCCACCUUACUAUGCUCAUAUACAUUUAGGUAAUAUAUUUACUCCUCGACCUCUUCCCUUCUCCUCAUUUUUGACCGUCGUCCACUCCCUUGGUGCAAAUUUCUUUCUCUCCCCAGCCUUCUGCUGCCAUUAAAGUCAAAGGUGGCGGCCAUAACUUACGCUAAGAAAAUACUGAGCACGCGUUCGCCAAAAUUACGCUUGCUGUGCAAAAAGGUGUCUACUGGGGUGUCAAGUAUAAAAUUUUUCUUUUGUUUUCCCUUAACCUUUUAUACCCGAAAUCAAGCAUUUGAGUUCCCUUCAUUUUUCUCUCUAU